AUGUGGGAAAAGCUGCCAAAUUCCGGGGAAGCCCUAAAGCUUUUGGUACCAAACCUGGAAUGAAAAUUCGGAGGUGGAAAAAGUAAUGCUUUUUAUAUGGUAACAAGUCAAAAGAUGAGUGAAAACGAAAUGGGUUAUCGCGGAUCUAAAUCAAUAAUAUUUAAAAGUCUUAUUGUAAAAGAGCAACGAGUAGACGGUAGCUACAUAAAUUCUAAUUUUUUGGCUUCGCAGCCAAAGACUUUAAUUCAGAAUUCUAUGUUAAGGUGUACUCUAACGGGCUUCGAAAGAAGUUAUCAAGUCAAAGCCCUUUCUAGUAUAACAAAUAAACGGUUUUAUUCUUCUAAAGGGGAAAAUUCUAAGUUAAAUCCUUGAGCAGUAGUAGGAUUUAUUGACGCGGAAGGUUCAUUUAUGGUUAGAGUUAGAAAAAAUUCUAAAUAUAAAACCGGAUGACUUGUAGUGGCUAUAUUUUCUGUGACUGUCGAUAAAAAAGAUUUAUUUUUAUUAGAAUCCCUGAAAACUUUUUUUGGAGGGUUAGGUAGUAUAAAAAAGAGCGGUAAUAGUACUUUUAGUUAUAGAAUAGAAUCAUCUGAACAACUUACCAAAAUAAUUUUACCUUUUUUUGAUAAAUAUUCUUUAAUUACUGAAAAACUAGGGGAUUAUCUCCUAUUUAAAAAAGUUCUAGAAUUAAUGGGUACUAAAGAACAUUUGACCCAAAGAGGAUUAGAAAAAAUAGUAUCCCUUAAAGCUUCUAUUAAUAAAGGUCUAUCUGAGGAAUUACAGGCCGCUUUCCCACAAUGUGUUCCUACACCUAGACCCGAAAUUAAUAAUAAAUUAAUUCCAGAUCCUUUUUGAUUAGCAGGAUUUGUUUCUGGGGAUGGAAGUUUUAAAUCUAUUUUAAAAAAAUCGGAAUCAAUUAAAGUAGGAUUUCAAUCAAUUUUAGUGUUUCAGAUAACUCAACAUGCUCGAGAUGUAAAACUUAUGGAAAGUUUAAUUUCUUAUUUGGGAUGUGGGUUCAUUGAAAAAGAUUCUAGAGGUCCUUGAUUAUAUUAUACCGUAACGAAUUUUUCAGAUAUUCAAGGUAAAAUCAUACCUUUUUUUCAUCAAUAUAAAAUAAUAGGUUCUAAAUAUGGAGACUAUAUGGAUUGAUGUAAAAUUGCAUUAAUAAUGCAGAAUAAAAACCAUUUAACUCCUGAAGGGUUAAAUGAAAUUAGGGCUUUAAAGGGAGGUAUGAAUAAAGGAAGACUACCCUUACCCUCUUCUUUUGAUUCCUUAACCUUCAAAAAACCAGAAGUAGUCUAG